UUGGAAGAAGAAUUGUUGAGUGAAGAGGAGGAAGCAAUAAUGUCUCCUCGUGGAGUGCAAUUGCAAGUACAAGAUCACUAUGUAGUGAUGGAUAAUGGGCUCCUCCAAGUAACAAUCUCAAACCCAGAUGGGAUAGUCACAGGCAUACGAUACAAUGGCAUUACCAAUCUACUUGAAAUUCAAAAUGAAGAAGUUAACAGAGGGUAUUGGGACGUCGUUUGGAGUGGAGAAGGCCGAACUGGAGUUUUUGAGGUGAUAAUGGCUACAAAUUUUGAGGUUAUAACAGAAAAUGAGGAGCAGGUGGAAGUUUCCUUCAAAAGACCAUGGGAUACCUCCAUGGAUGGAAAAUUUAUUCCUAUAAAUAUAGAUAAGAGGUUUAUUAUGUUAAGGGGUUGCUCGGGCUUCUAUUCUUAUGGGAUAUAUGAGCAUUUAGAAGGCAUGCCUGCCUUCAGCCUUGCAGAAACCAGAAUUGCAUUCAAGCUUAGAAAAGACAAGUUUCAUUACAUGGCCAUGGCAGAUAACAGGCAAAGGAUCAUGCCCAUGCCCGAUGAUCGGUUGCCCGGACGAUGCCAAACCCUUGCCUACCCGGAAGCAGUUCUCUUAACCAAUCCCAUUAAUCCGGACCUAAAAGGAGAGGUGGAUGACAAGUACCAGUAUUCUUGCGAAAACAAGGAUAACAAGGUGCAUGGGUGGAUAUGCUUUGACAACUCACCUGUGGGCUUCUGGCAAAUCACUCCCAGUAAUGAAUUUCGAACUGGUGGACCUCUAAAGCAAAACCUCACCUCCCAUGUUGGCCCAACCACUCUUGCUAUGUUUCUGAGUGCUCACUACUCGGGAGAAGAUUUGGUGCCUAAAUUCCAAAACGAUGAACAGUGGAAGAAGGUUUUCGGCCCAGUUUUUAUUUAUCUUAAUACAGUUUUGGAUGGUGAGGCUGAUCCAUAUUCACUUUGGGAUGAUGCCAAAUCACAGAUGAUGGUGGAAGUCCAAAGUUGGCCCUACGGUUUUCCAGCCUCUGAGGAUUUCCCUUCUUCGGAUCAACGAGGAACUAUUAGUGGUCGAUUACUGGUCCAUGACAGGUACAUCGAGGAAGGUUACAUAUCGGCUGACUCGGCUUAUAUCGGGUUGGCUCUGCCGGGAGAGGUUGGAUCAUGGCAAAGAGAAUGCAAGGGCUACCAGUUCUGGACUAAAGCAGAUGCUGAUGGUUACUUCUCCAUAAGCGAUGUGCGCACUGGAGAUUAUAAUCUUUACGCAUGGGUUCCUGGUUUUAUUGGAGACUACAAAUAUGAUGUUGAGGUCACCAUCACCUCAGGUUGUGAUGUGGAUCUGGGUGAUCUGGUAUAUGAACCUCCAAGAGACGGACCCACAUUGUGGGAGAUAGGCAUCCCUGACCGUUCAGCUGCAGAGUUCUACGUUCCUGAUCCCAAUCCUAACUACAUCAACAAACUCUUUGUUAAUCAUCCUGACAGAUUUAGGCAAUAUGGAUUGUGGGAGAGAUAUGCGGAAUUAUAUCCUGACGGAGAUCUAAUCUUCAAAGUCGGCACGAGUGAUUACAGGAAAGAUUGGUUCUUUGCUCAGGUCACUAGGAAAAAAAGCAAUAACACAUACCAAGCAACCACAUGGCAGAUCAUAUUCAAACUCGACUCCAUCAAUGAUAAUACCACCUAUUACUUGCGACUAGCUCUUGCAUCCGCCACAGUUUCUGAAUUACAGGUUCGAUUCAAUGACCCGAAAGCAAACCCUCCACACUUUUCGAGUGGGGUAAUAGGGAAGGACAACUCAAUUGCGAGGCAUGGCAUUCAUGGGCUUUAUUGGCUAUAUAAUGUUGAGGUACCAAGCACCAGACUUGUGCAAGGAGACAAUACAAUCUAUUUAACUCAAUCAAGAAGUACCAGCCCUUUUCAAGGGAUCAUGUAUGACUACAUUCGUUUAGAAGGGCCCCCAACUUCCUCCAAUUCUAACAGAAAACAUUAAAAGGUUUUUGUUCAUGG